AUGCAUAAGAGACUAUUUCCAUUUCGGCUCCGCUACAAGAUUGUUUUGGCUAACCUCGAUAAAGUCAUUCUUCCCCGAGACAACUACUCCGCGAAACAUGCACCAAUUUCCACCAGCAAGUUUCAUAGGGGAAGCUACUCCCGUAUUUCCGGAUCUGCAGUUCUAGCUUCGGAGGUUGAUGGAGUAGAUGACGAGUUCGAUGCCCUGUUUGACUAUAUGGUAGUCACUGCAUACGGUGAAAGUCGUCAAAGCGAAGUAAAGGUCAUGGCGUUGGAAAGUGUUGAGGUUGUUGAUGCGAUGAUUAUUGAGUACUUCAUUGUGGUUGAGAAUUGCUCCAUCGACCAAUAG